CGUCCUGGAGCGGUGAUGCCUGAAUUGAGGUGGAGGCAACGUCUGGAACCAGCUGGCUAUGGAAAUCAGGAUCAAAUAAUCCCGGAAACUGGGAAACCGUGUCAGGUACGGUUCCCCGAGGGCCCAGAAUCCACGGCCUCUUUAAGAAAGGGCAGGGGCGGCAGCUGGCGGAAGUGCCGGAGGAAGGGGAGGGGCCACAGGGGCAGUAAAAGCCGGAAGUCGGCGCCUGGGUCGCGCGUGGUGGGGAUGUCGGCCAGCGGGGCUGUGGGGCCGGGGCACUUGUUUCGACCUUUCAGCGCCGAGGACGAGGAGCAGCAGCCCACCGAGAUUGAGUCGCUGUGCAUGAACUGUUACCGCAACGGCAUGACGCGCCUUCUGCUUACUAAGAUCCCCUUCUUCAGAGAAAUAAUCGUGAGCUCCUUUUUCUGCGAGCACUGUGGCUGGAACAACACGGAGAUCCAGUCGGCCGGCAGGAUCCAGGACCAGGGAGUGCGCUACACUUUGACCGUCAGGGCCCAGGAGGACAUGAACAGAGAAGUAGUGAAGACUGACUCUGCCACCACUAGGAUCCCAGAGCUGGAUUUUGAAAUUCCUGCCUUCAGCCAGAAAGGAGCUCUGACCACUGUUGAAGGAUUGAUCAGCCGUGCUGUCUCUGGCCUGGAGCAGGAUCAGCCCACACGAAGGGCAAACGAAGAAGCCAUGGCUGAUAGGAUUGAUGAGUUCAUUGUCAAACUGAAAGAGCUAAAGCAGGUGGCCUCUCCUUUCACCCUGAUCAUUGAUGAUCCCUCAGGGAACAGCUUCGUGGAAAACCCACACGCUCCCCGGAAAGAUGAUGCCCUGGUGAUCACACACUAUAACCGGACUCGACAGCAGGAAGAGAUCCUGGGGCUCCAGGCAGAGGCACCAGAAGAGAAGCCAGAAGAGGAAGAUCUCAGAAACGAAGUGCUCCAGUUCAACACAAACUGCCCGGAGUGCAAUGCUCCGGCCCAGACCAACAUGAAGCUAGUUCAAAUCCCCCACUUUAAGGAGGUUAUCAUCAUGGCCACCAACUGCGAGAACUGUGGCCAUCGGACCAAUGAGGUGAAAUCUGGAGGGGCUGUGGAGCCCUUGGGCACCAGGAUCACCUUCCACAUCACAGAUCCCUCAGAUAUGACCAGAGACCUGCUCAAGUCUGAGACAUGUAGUGUGGAAAUCCCAGAGCUGGAAUUUGAACUGGGAAUGGCUGUCCUCGGGGGCAAGUUCACCACACUGGAGGGGAUGCUGAAAGACAUUCGGGAACUGGUGACCAAGAACCCUUUCACACUGGGUGACAGUUCCAAUCCUGGCCAGACGGAGAAACUGCAGGAGUUUAGUCAGAAGCUGGACCAGAUCCUGGACGGUGACAUGAAGGCCCACUUUGUUAUGGAUGAUCCAGCAGGAAACAGCUACUUGCAGAAUGUGUACGCACCUGAGGACGAUCCUGAGAUGAAGGUGGAGCAUUACAAGCGCACAUUUGACCAAAACGAGGAGCUCGGGCUGAACGACAUGAAGACGGAAGGCUAUGAGACAGGCCUGGCUUCCCCGCGGUAGCAGUGGGCGGUUCCCGGCCAGCCCCCAGCGCUGCUCAACCACAGGGUUAUUACUGCAGUGGAAAAGGCUGGAGUGUCCCUUUCACCAGGCCUUGCCUGUGUAGGGAGGACACCUGGUCUGAGUUGGAGAUCUGGGCACACUUUCUGAACAGCUUGUGAUGGAAGUGCAAGCCUCUUGGGUUACUUGAUCUUGGGUUGGAGGUUUUGAGUUGGCCUGGAAGAAACCUGGAAAUGAGCCAUCAGGCAUGUCAUUGACACUUUUUUUCCGAUUAAGUCUUUACCCUCCCUCCACACAACACUUUCUCACCUAGGAUUGGCACUCUGAAGUUGAGAAGGUAGAAGACAGCUACAAAUGAAGUUUGGGAGUUGGUUUGGGUAUAUAAACACUGGCUUUCAACAGGAGAAAGAGUCUUCUGAGGGGAAGGAGUCUAGCUCAGGUGAAGAAGUUCUCAUUAAAAUGGUGGCUUUCAAACAGCACUGGCCUCUGAAUUCAUUCUGUCCUUGUUUGGUCUGCUGGUAGAGUUCAACCUCCUGAAGAAAAUUUUCUCCAGAGUGAGCUGGCAUUUCAUUCAUUCCUUUAAUAGAUGCUUAUGUGCUCACUCUGUGCCAGGCAUAUCAUAGAACUGAACAAAAUAAAGCUCUGCUUUCAUGCAGUUUCAAGUGUAGUGGGGGAAAUUGGCAAGCAGAGUGGGUGGGAGGUUGACAAUAAACCCACAAGUAAAACAGUGUCAGAUUAAUCACCAUGUUAUGGAGGAAUGUUCAGCAGGGAAGGAGUCUGGGUAGUGCCAGGGAAGAUGGGGGCAUUUGCUUUUAUUAGAUGGAACUGCCAAGAAAGGGCAGAACUUAGACUGUGCCACUGGUCGUGAAUCAUUUGAUCCUGCUUAACUUCCUUGUGAGAUAGACAGGGUUAAGACCUGAGCUUGGGUCUUGUCAGGCUAAGGUUGGGUUGGAUACUGAGUAGAACAGGUAAAGGUGGAACUGAAGACAGAAAUGGGCAGGAGGUGAUGGGUUGAGAGGACUAUACUGGUACUGUUCACUGGAACAGAAAUGUGACUUCCCAAACACCUGCUGACACCAGGGUGGAGGCGGGGCUGUGGAGUUCAGUUUGAGAUACAUUGAAGUGGACUAGAAA